AUGGGCUCGCUAUUCCAGCUCCCGGAUGAGCUCAUCGCAACUCUCUUCACCACAUUUCCAAGCCGUGAGCCCCAGAUCCGGUCCCUGGCCACACUCGUCUACCCUCGAGCAGCACCAUGUCGCAACUUGAUCAUACACGGCACUGAAGCCACCGGCAAGAGCGCCAUCACGUCUUCUCUCUUGGCUGUCCUCAGCGAGGACGACAAUACGGGUCUCGACUACGCCAUUGUCAAGUCGCCCGAGUGUGUGACGGCCCGGCAUCUUUUCGAGCGGACAGUUGACGCCGUCGCCGAUGCGCUGAAAUGGCAAGCUCCUGUUGGGCGGUGCGAGACGCUCGCCGCCUUGACGGUGGAGCUGAGCAAGAUGUUGAAGUACGUCGAGAGAGGAAAAUCUUGGCGGUUCGUGCUGGUCUUUGAUGCCAUUGACCGCCAAAGGGAAGCGCCGCCAACGUUACUACCCGCACUGGCGAGAUUGUCAGAAAUUAUUCCCAACUUGACCACCAUCUUCAUUCUCACAGCACCACUGCCGUCUACCCUCCGCACUUCAGGGACGCCGCAUUUACAUUUCCCACCUUAUACGAAGCCGCAGUACGCAGCAAUUCUUUCAACAUCGCCCCCGCCUGCAUUGCCGAAUACUACGCAGCAAGAGACGACGGAUCUCUACGCCAAAUUCGUGGCGGCUGUUCACGACUCACUCACACGUGCUGCCUCGCGAACUUUGCCCUCCCUAAAACAGGCUACUGCCACGCUGUGGCCUCGAUUUACUGCGCCCGUCGCCGCUGGAACACACAAGGCCAAGGAAUUCAGCAAAUUGAUCAUCCUUGCGCGCGUAUGGUUACAAGACGAGUCUGUGCUAGCACCGGGCAUUGUCCCGUCUGCAGUACGGCCUGUGGGUGUCUCGAAGUCUGCAACGCCAAGCGGCACGCCUCAGAAACCCGCAAGCACGACUGCAACCCCAACAAAGGCCAAUGCUGGGGCAAUCAAGACGGGUACAAGCACUACAGACCUGGCUGUCCUGCUGCCACGGACGGCGAGGCUGCUGCUCGUAGCGGCCUACCUAGCCUCGCAUAAUGCACCUCGCCAUGACCAGACGCUGUUCAGUACUUGGCAUCAUGGCCGGCGGAAGCGGGGCGGAGGUCACGUUAAAAGUGGCCAGCGCUCCAAACACCGCAAGAUUGCGCGCAAGCUACUCGGCCCAGGCGUCUUUGUGCUGGAGCGUAUGGUGGCCAUCUAUGUAGCCCUACGGCGCGAGCAAUUAGGCGAUGGGGGCAAAGGAGGCAGCGCCCUGGGUGUUGAUGCCGAUGUGGGCAUGGCUAUUGCCACGCUGACAAGCUUCCGGUUGCUCGUUAGAGUCGGCGCCGGGGCUGGCGCAGGUGAUAUGGACCGAGGUGGGCGAUGGAGAGUCGGUGUCGGCUGGGAGGUGGUUAGAGGUGUGGGACGUGGCCUUGGGCUCGAAGUUGAGGAGUGGCUGAUUGAAUAA